CAAAGCAGCUAGCUGCUUCCUGUGAAGACCGCUUCCCAAUUCCCAUCCUGACGGCAGCACAGACUGCGACUACAGUUUCAUCCAAGAUGCUGGCUCUUAUAAACAGGCUUUUGGACUGGUUCAGGUCCCUCUUUUGGAAAGAGGAGAUGGAGCUUACAUUAGUGGGACUUCAGUACUCCGGAAAAACCACAUUUGUCAAUGUGAUAGCAUCAGGGCAGUUCAGUGAAGACAUGAUCCCCACAGUUGGUUUCAACAUGCGGAAGGUCACUAAAGGCAAUGUGACAAUAAAGAUAUGGGACAUAGGUGGACAGCCCCGCUUCAGAAGCAUGUGGGAGCGCUACUGUAGAGGAGUCAAUGCUAUUGUUUACAUGGUGGAUGCAGCAGACCGAGAGAAGAUAGAAGCGUCCAGAAAUGAACUUCACAACCUUUUAGACAAACCACAGCUACAAGGAAUUCCAGUGCUAGUCCUCGGUAACAAACGUGACCUUCCCAAUGCACUUGAUGAGAAGGAGCUUAUUGAAAAAAUGAAUCUAUCUGCCAUUCAGGACCGAGAGAUCUGCUGCUACUCUGUGUCCUGCAAAGAGAAAGAUAACAUAGAUAUCACACUGCAGUGGCUCAUCCAGCAUUCAAAGUCACGGAGAAGCUGAAAGUGAAGCCUUGCCCUCCUCCUCCCCCCCGGUCGCAGCUCUGGCCUCAGCCCCACUUUACGGUCAUGGGUCCUUGACAGUCAUCCCUUCCACUGCCUCUGUGACGUAAUCCAGCUCUCUGCUCACUACUGUCACCACGCGCACCAUCCACUACACUACCAUAGAUGUGUAGCCUCUCCCCCUGUACAGCACUACCGCCCCCCCCAAACCACCAGGAGUCUUGAAACGUUGUCUCACUACUGUGCUAGAAGGUGGAUUCUUCAUACCCAUCAUGCCUUAUCGCUCAUUACAGACAUGAUGUGGGUCUGUGUACAUCAUGGAGGUGUUUUUGUUUUUGUUUUUAUUUUUAAAUGAUGUUGUAGUGUACUGUUCUCCAGCUACACUAGGAUGAAGCUUCCCUAAUCCCACAAUCAAACGUGCUCUGUUGCCUGUCAACACUUGGUGUUUACGUAACAUUGUGUGAUUGUAGUUUUUAACAGUUAUUUGCCAAAUGAUGAUGGUCACCUGUGCUAAUGCCUUCGAUUCCUGAAAAACUCUUUAGCAAUGUAGCCUGCAUUUUAUUUGCUGGUGUAUGGAAGCGUCUGCUUUAAUAAAUGACUUGAAUCAAAGUUUACACGUAACAUAACGAUCAAUAGAAGGUAAGACUUUAAGUGGCUGUUGCGUCUGGGGCAAAAAUCCUAAGUAAAGUUUUAAGUGCCUUUGGCUAAGAGCGUUCCCGAUCAGACGGUUAUUGCCCAAUGUCAUUUUGAACCCUCUAUUAUAAAUAAACACUUGGUACAGACACAGCAGAAAUCCCUUGAUUACACUUAACGCCGGCUCUCCGACAAUCUCAUUGUUUUGUAAUCACACAAACGCAUUAUGAUGUCUGAGAAAAGGCAGCACUGGCCUAACAAUGAAGAAUGAGGUAUGAUGUAAUGUAUGAUGGGCGAAUGAGAGAAUGUUACAUUUUGUUUUGUUGCUGGGUAAUUUGAAGCCCAUAUCCUGUGAAUUCUUAUGUAGCUUUUGAAAACUAACUUUUGCUUGCAGUUCUCAGGUCAUUCUCAGUCUGACAGCAGUAUGGGUGCCCGAGUCUGUCUCAUUUUUUUUUUUUUUUUUUUUUUUUUUUUUGUGUGUGGUGUUUUUUUGGUUUUUCUUUCUUUCUUUCUUGUUUGCGUUGGAGAACCAAAAGCCAGUGUUAGUCGUGAUGACUGAGCAUGCAGAGAACGGAGGACAGUCCAUUAGUUCAGUGCUGGAUGCUUGAUGUCAUCCAUUCUUCGCCAUACUCUUAUCAGAAUCCUGAUGUCUUCUUUUUUUUUUCUGUAAAAGCCUUAGCAGUCCAAGGACAGCACUGUCUCCUCAGAAAACGACAUAUUGAUUGACACACAGUUUGCUUUCAGCGACAAGACAAUGACUUUUCAAAAGUAUGAUCACUGUAUACGAUUAAUCCCCCCCCCUCCAUGCAUGGCCAGUGCAUCACUAUGAAAUGCUUUUUCCCCCUUUUGGUUACCUGUGUCCCCUGGGUCGGGGUGAGCUAUUCCUUCUGCUCCCACAUUGUGUGUAGGCCUGUGCGGCUUGUGCGUUUCUCUGUAAUAUUGUCCAUCACGCUCUGUUAUCUCACAUGUUGCUCGGCGUCUGUUGGAAAUCGUCGUACUCGUAAAUGUCGAUUGUUGGGACCACGGCAGCGGUGAGGGGCUGUAUAAUCGGGUGACUGUAUGGGGAAAUUUGGGGAAAGCUUUUGUUAACUGUGUAAUAAUCUAGCCUAUUUGCAAUUUGUAUGUGCAUGUGCUCACCUUAUUCACAUUCAACUGCAGACUUUGUAAAUAAGAAGUUGGUGUUUUUAUUCCAACAAAUGCUCUGUAGAUGUCAUGCAUUCUUUCCCUGUGAUUGCUAAUAAAUUUGUUUUUAUUUUUAAGGA